AUCCACUCCUUGAUUUGAAUUACACUUAUCUUAUCACUCAAACGACAUACAGUCUUCUGCUGGGCAAUUCACAUCCUCACGUUACCGUGGCUUCAGUCACAAUGGGUCCUCCCGACUCAUUCCCUCAAUUCAACCACUUCCCCCUUGAGCUUCGCCAGCUCAUUUGGAAGUGCUGUCUUCCUCGUCGCAUCGCAGAGGAAGACUUCCCAUUCACACUCCUCGACGGCAAGGAAUCUCGUCAAGCCUGCUGGCCUGUCCGCACCACCCUACAGAACGCUCGAGUCCCCCUCCUCGCUUUGGUCUGUCGCGAAGCACGCGAGGUGGUGUUCGAAUGGGGCGGGCACCAGAUUUCGUACGAUAAGACCAGCUUAAGAUCUAUAUGGGUGCAGCCAAAUAUAGAUAGGGCACUUCACAUCAACUGGUAAUCAUCCCUGCCCUUCGAAUCCUACUUAUCCGGGAUCGAUACUGAUAUCUUUAUCUUCGGAUCCCGGGAUCCAGAGGGGACAGGCGGAACAAAAAAGUAUACUAAUUUCUUGACCAGGACACGCAGAAGAGAUGAAGAGUAUUACAGAAUAAAUGAUUGCGAUGACUCGGAACUUGGAAAUUGCACAAUGGACAUUUUUGUGUACAGAGCAAAUGAGAUUUACGAUAUGCGGAUAUCCGUCGAUGGAGAGUUUCUUUAUCCUUUUGACUUGGAAGAACUGAAACAUCCUCACUUUUUGGCGCCGUUGGACACAGACUCUGCAGGUAGUGAUUUUAUGUCACUUUCCACCCCAAGUAUGCCAGUGGGCAAGUCUGAAGAUACAAGAGCGCAUGAUCUCGGGAAGAUGGUAGACGGUCUCUACGACUACGAAAACAAAACCGUCUACGCCACUGUGGUCAUUAUCUCUAUUCAUGUGGAUAGAGCAGCCGCUCUAGAGUCUGGUCUCUUCGGCUUACAAGCCGAUGCCCCAGUACAAACAGUCAACUAUGACGAUACGUCUAAGUUCAGCCAAUUCUAUGAGCUUUAUAAAUCAGAUCUUGUUCUAAGGGAAGCUGAGCCUCAUGCGGAGAAACUGUUUGAGAUUAUUCUCAGCCCUGGAUUUGCCGUAGCUGUGCUUUCGUGGCAAGAGAAAGUCAGAUGGCUGCUACAGGUCGCUGUUUGGAGAAAUUUCCAGCGGAAGGCUUGUCUCAAAACUUUUGAAGGUACGGAUCCAGGGUCGGUGUGGAGACCUCCUGUGCCAGCAAAGCAGAAAUUUAUGAGGAUGGAUCAAUUUGCACCUAACGAGGAUCAUCGUUGGUGGGGAGAAAAUGCUGAGAAGCAUGUUCCAAAGGUGGUCCCGCAGGUUAUGUUUCGGCUGUGCGAUAAUCGGUGUUAUAGAGAGGAGAGACGACCAGAGAUGUUUGGGGAGGUGUGGAUCUCGGCUAAUGUGGUUCACAAGUACCAGGAGGACAAAAGACCAGGCCGGGUUAUUCAUUGGGAUGCUGCUUGGGAUGAGUAGAUGUAUCUUGUGCCACUUCUAUAAAACAAACUUUCACCUCUGCUCUUACUACGUACGUUCUUGUAUAACUCAUUACCCAAAGACAAAAGGUAGCAUUCAAGAACGAGCAAUGUUCUUAAAUCAUUAUCGUAAC